GCCAAGUCGUAUUCGAAGGCAUUCAGCACAGUGAAUCAACACUGAGUCCUGCCAAUAUGAAAGGACACAGCUGAGGAGAUUUGCUGUGCAGGUCACACUGUACUGGGUUCUUCAUUUUAAUAUGCACCACAGUAGCUGCCAGCUGUGACUUCAGCCCCGCUGCAGAACCCUCCUGAGGUCGAUCUCGUGCUGUGGUUGGAGGCUACAUGGCUUCAGGUGGUGCGGAGGAGCACGAUGGAGGAAUUCCAUUGGACAUUGACAACGUGCACAUGCUUCUCCAAGUGGAGCAUGAACAGAUUCAGAAAAGAACUUUCACCAACUGGAUAAAUGCUCAACUCGCUAAGAGACGACCUCCCUCAUUUGUGUCGGACCUGUUCUCUGACCUCAGAGAUGGAUCGCAGCUCCUGGACCUGUUGGAGGUGAUGAGUGGUCAGUCACUGAAAAGACAGAGGGGCCACGGGGUUUUCCAGCAGAGGGCCAACAUUGAGACAGCUCUCAAUUUCUUCAAGAAAAAAUCUAUCAAAUUAGUGAACAUACACAUCGCGGACAUCAUAGAUGGACGCCCCUCGAUCAUCCUCGGACUCGUGUGGACCAUCAUUCUCCACUGUCAUAUUGAGGAGCUGGCCAGUGCCGUCUCGUUCAGCUCCCGUCAUUCCUCCCUGGACUCUCUGACCAGCCUGGACUCCUGGUCUGGCAGCCCCGUCCCAGUGAGUCCGGUCCCUGCAGGCCGGACGUCCCCCCUCCACAGGUGUUUCAGAGUAUCCGCCAAGAAGGCCCUGCUCAUGUGGGUGAGGGACCAAUGCCAAAGGGUCGGUAGCUCUAUCAGGGUGAAGGAUUUUAAGGCGAGCUGGAGGAGUGGAGAAGCCUUCCUGGUCAUCCUGUGUUCCAUCAGACCUCAGCUGGUGGAUCUCUCCCUGGUGCCGUCCAGAAGCAACCGGGAGAACCUGGAGGAAGCGUUUCACGUGGCUGAGAGGGAGCUCCACAUCCCCCGCCUGCUGGAGCCCCAGGAUGUGAACGUCAAAGACCCCGAUGAGAAAUCCAUCAUGAUGUAUGUGGCCCAGUUUCUUCAGUACUCCAACGACAUGCCGGCGCGUGACGACCACCUGGAGCUGUUUCCUCUGGAUCAGCCCUCCUGCUUCUCACCUCUGAACUUUCCCGCUCACUUCACCCCAGCGGCUGCUGUCUCACCGUUACGCCAGGUUUCUCCGUGUGAGCGAGCACAAGAGGUGACUCUCUGGCUGCAGCAAACCUUUCAGGAGCUGUCUGAAUCGUGGACGGCUACAGAGAACUCCGGCUACGCAGAGAAACAUCAAGUGUUCCAGACUCUCACUGGCUCCGUCGCUGAUCAGAGGAGACCUGUACUGACCCUCCUCGCUACCAUUAGACGCUCCCCCGAGCUGAGUGGAGAGCUGCGAGCUCUCAGGGCAGCGUGGGAUCGUCUGGAGGAGGAGCUGCAGAGAUGUAAAGCCGACCUGGACCUGAGUCUUCCUCCUCCUCUGGACUCGGUGGUUGUGUGGCUGCAGCGUGCGGAGGCAGCGCUGACAGAGGAGGGAGGGGGGGUGAAAGAUCACGCACACGCUGCUAAAGAGGCCAGAGCCCAACAAGAUGUCCUGAAGACGUUAAUUAAGGAGCUGAGUCACUACGUCAACAUACUUGACGAGUACCACACCGUGGACGCCUCAGGGAACUUGGCGGUGCCACUGGAAAAGUUUGAUGAGAUCAAAAGACGCGUAACUCAUGUAAGAGUCACAACCAAAUAUCACGGGAUCAAGUUGGAAUACCAGGAGUGUCGUCACACGGCUCUGGAUCUCCUGAACCGCCUCAAAGCCAAGGUCCAGACGUGGAGAACAUCUUACAGAUCAGAGGAGGCCGUACAGGGGCUUCUGCAGGACUGGCAUGAAACAGUGGAGCGUCGAGGCAUGAUUUCAAUUCUGAUGGACGCUCUACAAAACCUGAAGGACAAGGCAAACGCUUACACCAGCAAGGCAGCUCUAGGUGAAGAUUCCCAGCUCGUUCAUCGUCAGGUGAAAGAAGCAGAAAGCGAAGCUGAGUCAGUGGAACAAGCUGUGACGGCCGUGAGGGGGACGAUGGAGAGAGUGAUGUCUGCGUGGGAGACUUACAACCUGAGCCUGGCCUCUCUGCAGACGUGGCUCGCACAGACGACACAGACUCCUGCUGCCGGGACACAGGAUGUGAGUGAGUGGACGUCAUGUCACGCUCAGCUGAAUGAGGCGGGGAACUUUCUCAUCGAAGUGACAGAAACCUCAACCAGCCGCACUCUAGCCGGACAACUCAGCACGGUCAACAAGCAGUGGGCCGGAUUCAUGAAGAGGACAAAGUUUGAGAUUCCUGGAAUGUUAAGUUCUCCUGGGUUUAAGGAGCAUGUGGGUGAACCAGUCCAUCAGACGCAGAGACAUCCAGAGACUGGGAUGUUGGUUGUCGUCAGAACUAAACGUGCACACGAGCCUGAGAACUUUAACCUGCAAACCCAGGACCCAAGUCAACUUUCACCUCAGACUCCAUCUCAUACGGCAAGUGAUCCAAAGAGUUGGAGGGAAAACCAGCAUGGAACUACCAUUGUUGUGCCUCUUGUGGAAAUCCAAAUGCUGCCUCAUCCUGUGAGGGAACCAGUUCCUCAUGUUCACCCUCCUCUUGUGAAAGAAGCUGAAUUUAAAUCCACGACACAGCCUCGGUCAACUUCUGAAUCUCAAGCUUCAAGUCCGAGUCAAAAUGCUGGACCAACAUCUCAAAGACGUCUGGUUCUGUCCAAACGUGGAACGAGUUCAGGGACAGAGGAGAACGAACGCUCGUCCAAGCAGCCGAACUCUCAGCAACUCACCAAAACAUCUCCACAGCCUCCGGUCAUGGUUCUCAGUGAAGUUCAUUCCAAAGCUCAGUCAAUGGCAAGAAGCCGACUGGAGAAGGCCCGAGUUCAUCUGCAGGGACGCAUCCAGAAGGCCAUCAAGUUGUUUGGUGGCAAAGAGAUUUCAGAGUCACAGGCCAAGAAGAAACAGCGGGCUUUAAAAACGCUGCAGCCUGUCGCCCUGGAGGAGUUCCUGAACGCGGUGGAAGGGUUGGGGGCCUUCUGCUCGGGGCCCCAGCUCCAGGAUUUGAUGCUCCUCUCCGACUCGGUCAGGAAGCAGUGGGAGGAUGUGAGGAGAGAAAUAGCUGCCUUUGUUCCAGUCAUGUGGUCUCAGAUCAGAGAAGGAAAACAGUCGUUGUCUGUUGUGCAAACUGAUACUAACGCUCAGCAUGAAGCUACUGACCAGACUGACCAUGACUGUUUGCACCACCAGCAGGUCGUCGAGGACGGAGCUGCGUCUGUUGACGAGCAGGUUGAAUCGCUCAGAGACUUGAGUGGAACACUGACACCAGGUCAGUCAUCCUGCCGGGUCACAUACCAGCGGAGGAAUUCAGAGGAAGCACAGGAAACGCGACCCAGUGACACAGUUCUCACUGCUCACAGCAGGAGGCAGCAGCUUGGGGCGAACACCCCACUGAGAGCGACUGGCACGUCCGCCGGCUCUCAGCCGAGCGGCGACCGGCCACCGAGACGAAGCGUGGACGUCCCACAAGGAGACCUCUCACCUGUGGACAGCUCAGCGCCACAUCACGGUGACACCCGGCCUCUGCCAGCUCAGGACGUCCCGACAGAGAGACACGACCUCCUGAUGCAACACAGAGGCUUCGAGUCUGAGGAGCAAAAUGAAAAGUCUUCACUUGGAGCCGAAGAGCAGCUACUGAACGUCCGACUCCUUCACACGACAGAGAGAAACGAGCAGAUACAGGCGGUCGUCAGGAGCGACACCGUGCAGACCAAGCAGGCGGCGGAGUGGACCGUCAUCCCGGAGACAGGGACUGUAACGGGCCAGGAUGUGGUCACGUCGUUGUCUGAGCGCCAUGUGGAGAAGAACAAGCUGAUGAGAGACAUGCACGGGGAAAGCAAAGACGAGAAACAACUGAUGGGAAAGGAGCAGAUGCAGAGGAAGGAAGAGUUCACUCCUAUGGAGACAUGUGUGACAAGGACUUGGGAUGAUUCUCCACAGGAGGAGGAGCAUCCCGCUCCAUGUGGGGCAGAAGAGGAGUCAGAGUCCAAAAGGAGAAGGCUGGAUGGAGAGAAAGACACAGAGACGCAGAGGGAGGAACAAACGUGGGGGUGUGAGGAGCAGAGAAGAAGAGGGAGCCAUGUGAAGAAAGAAGAAGAGGAGAAGAAGAAGAGCUUGGUCCAGAGGAGAGCUGCCUUGUCAGGAGAACUGAGGGAAAUCAAAGGAGCAGCUGAGCGUUUGAGGCUGAACGAGCCGACCCUGCCCGCUCUGCAGCGGAGGUCACGUGUCCUGACGGAGCUGGAGAGUCGUCUCGCCGGCCUCCUCCCUGAGCUGCGUCACGUACAAGACUCAUCUUCAUCAGGUCUGUACGACAUGAGUCAGAGCAGCGAGGUGCAGGACGUCUGGGAAGAGGCAACGAGAGCUGUAACCGAACGGCUGGAGCAGUGCUGUGUGCUCACUGAGCUGCUGAAGAGGUUUCAGAGCAUCCGUGGGGAGCUGCGUGGAACACUGCACAGAGCAGAGAACACCAUCGGGGAACAGGCCUCCUACAUGGGGAAAGAAAACCUGCACAGAUUACACUCCAAGGUCCAGGAAACCAAAUCUCAGCUGAACAGCCUUGGGGGCGACGUAGAGGAAGUCCGCAGCGUCUGCCGGCAGAUUCACGUUCACCUACGUCAGACGCCAGAGUGCAACGUCAUCCCGUUUCAGAGCGAAGCAGAUUCUCUCAUGGACGGCUGGCUGGAUAUAUCAGAAAGAACCGAUUCGCACCUGGAGAACUUGCACCUCUGCCUGACUCUGUGGGAUGGAGUCCUCCAGCUCGGAGCGCAGGUGGACAAGUGGACGGCCAAUAAAUUGACAGCGUUCGCUCAGUGUCCGUCCUUUCAGUCUGAGGACGACAUCCAGACACUGCAGAACGAGAUUUGGGCCCAAGAGAAGAUCGUGGAGCGUUUCCAACGAAGAACCACCGAGAUUCAGUCGCUGCUUCAAAGCACAGAGCCGCCGCUGGAGCUGCAGGUGGUGGAGACCCAGAUGAGGAAGAAGUUGGAGCAGCUGAAGGAGCUUGUUUUUGAGGCUGAGGACGUUUACAGGCAGACGGUGGCUGCUAAGGGACACAUUACUGCCAGGAUGUCCGACUGCUUCAUGUCCCUGCAAAAGAUCCGGGUCUCCCUCCUCACUCUGGGUGGAUCAGAUGUGGCAGCAGUGCUCGCAAAACUUAAAAGUCUGUGUCUGCAGCUCCAGACCCAGGAUGAGCAGGCAGAGAGUUUGCUGGAGGAUCUGAGUAUUCUGACCUCAGUCUCCAGUCCAGAUGUUCUCCAGAGUCUGUCUGCAGAGGUGAUGCAGCUGCAGGAGGAAGUGAGACACUCACAUCAGCUCUUCUCUGAGGUGGAAGAACAGACUCAGCGGAAUAUCCAGGAUCUCGACAGGCUGCAAACGGAGAGCGAGCAUUUGGAACAAUGGCUGCAAGUCACUGAGGAAACAGCAGCGAAGGACGAGGAUGUUAGUCUCCUGCAAGAGGAAGCACUUCAACUAAGGGCGAGGACAGAGCUCCUCCGUCAGCUUGUGUCGUCCUUACAAAGCAGUAACCUUCAGCAGUCUGCGCUGGUGCACGGAGGAGGCGAACUGCUGGAGCGAUGCAACCUCCACGCCGACAGACUACAAGGCACCGAGGAGAAGCAGCGCUCGCUGAGCAGGGAGGCGUUUCAGGGUUUGUCAGAAUCCACACAACCCUCGGUCGGAGAUCUGAGGCAACUUGUUGACGCUCCACUCGGUGAAAGCUCCAGUUUCCAGUGUCCUGUAGAGCAGAGACUUCAGUUUGCUCAAGAUGCACGUUGCCUCCUCGGGGAACGUCGCGGUACCGAUGAACAUUUGGGCCACUUGCUGCAGGACGGCCACUUUAGAGUGACAUCCCCGCAGAACAGGAUGUCAGCCUGUCAAGCCCAGAAAGGAAGCUCCGCUGCACUGGUCCCUAAUGCACCAGCUCUGGAGGUGUCGCCACGAGAAGUAACAGACGUAGAAAAGGACAUUUUGCAACUUGAAAUGCUGAAGGACUCUGAAACGGGCAGCUGUGCCGUCGAGGACCAAACCAGCUCGUCCCAGCAAGUCUGCAACCAGCAAAACCACAAGAGGGCACUAGACAGCAGCGUUGGAGAGAAGCUGGCACCGCUCACAGGAAACAGCAACAGGGUUCAACAAGUGAAGGAAGACGUCUCCUGCGUUCAGACAGCUUUGAAAGACCUGUCUGGAAAUGUUGGAAAAGUGUUUGUGAACCAUGACGUGUUCCCCGACAUGAGCCAGCUCCAACAGCAGUGGAGCACUAUCCAGGACUUCGAUGACGGCCUUUCAUCGUGGGCUGCGAGAGUUCACGUGCUGCAGAAUAUUGGAGAGUCCGGCGCCGCACAAGAAAUGCUUCCUGCAGAUGUCAUUGUGACCAUCGAUGGAGCUGUUGAAGACCUUAACAGCCUCAGGUCCACUUUCCUGCAGAAGAAGCAGGAGUGUGCAGAAAACCUUGCUGGCCGGGUGAGAGAGGUCAUCAGGCAGCUGCAGCACUGGAGCCAAACGGUACAAGCUGAACCACUGCCGCCGCCCAGCCAGGCCGCUCUGGAUGAAGGUUUGCAGCUUGAACGACAUCUCCUAGCUGUGCUCUCAGGCAAAGAUUUUCUCCUAAAUUGUUUGGGAACAAAGGUCUGGUCGGAUCUGGAGAAAACUGCUUCAGCUGCUCUCAGGGAAAGCACAUGUGCACUUGAAGUCCCGUCUAAAAGCCUGGUGAGUCAAGGUCACGGCGAAGUGGAACUGGACAACAAAGAGACGGUAGGAGGAACUUGUAAAAGUUUGGCGGAUUCAGCGGAGGAGACGUGUCCUCCAGAGUGUCCUCCCCCCUCUGCCACAGACGAGGACAAUUCUGAAAGUGACCAGAACGACGACAGACUAAUAACCACCGGCGAUUUCUUCAGAAACACUAACGAAGAAGCUGCGGCCACAAGAGAAGAUGCAACGAAUAUUUCUACUAGUUUUAUACCAACAGCCGAACAAGAUGCCUUUUUAUCUACUCAAGUCCAAAAUCCAAAGAUCCCUGAGGUUUUCAAAGCAGAAAUCCAACAGGAAUCACAACAGUUAACGUCUUCUCCACCAGAAAUAGACUCGAUUACUGAUCUUAGGCCAAAUUAUGAUAUUGACAACAUUGAUAGCAGGGUCAUUUCUGGAGUUUACACAGAGCCUUCAAUGUCCGGUUCACUUCGGCGAGAGAACCCUGAACCAUCGCAGCAAGACUCUCCCUCGACCCCGGACUCAAACCUGUCACCACACUGUGACACGUCCAUGGCAACAAAGCACAGUGACUUCCUUUCUUCUGCCACAGAAAUAGUCUCUGGAUGUUUAGCAGCACAAUCAAACACGUUUAUGGGAAUCACCGCUGCUGCUGGAGAACAAGAGAAACCCUGUGAGGACUCAAGUGUGACACCACAGAAAGCCUCUACUGGUAUGUUAGACAUGGAGCCACGUGACGUGCAGGAAAAUGAAAAAGUUGGAGUCAGCAGUUCAGAUGUACUCGGAUGUUCACAGGGGGCAGAGGAUUCCAGCGCAGGUUUACCUGAGAAGGAAUCUGACCCAGCUACAACAGUAAUCAACACGGAUCUGAAAACCCCUCACACAUUGGAUCAUGCUCAAGAAGGAGAGGAUAUUAAAACAAGCCCAAAUAAGGAGUUAACAACAGUGUUGCUCGUGCAGCCGGACAAACGGCAGAGAGACGAUCUGGAAACGAGCAGAUGUUCCCAGGGGGCCGAGCCGUGUGUCGCACAGGUCACUGAGGAAACACCUGAACAGCUCUCAACACUCAUCAGUGUUAAAGCAGUUAAAACAAACCAGAAAUGUUAUUAUUUAAAGAGACCGAAAUCAAAUGUGUGUCAAGUGGCCGACUCACUGUUAGAAAACCCAUUCACGUCAAUGAGCACAGAUUUAGAGGAGGUGCAAUCUACAUGUGCCACAUUAUCAGGAACCCAUGAAUGUGGCGCCAUCGUCGACUGUCACCUCACUGACGCUCGUGCAGCAGAAACAACAGAUCUGGGGACAGAUUUGUGUCACGCUGCUCAGCACAGGGUGAGCUCAGUCCCGUGCACUGUGGAGGGUUCAGUGCAAAGUGGAGACGCCUUCGCUGGAACUCACAUACCUGCCGGUGACACAGGAAACACAGAAGAGUCGAGCGAAGGGUCCAAACACUCAGAGGAGACAGAGAGACGAGAGGACGCUUCGCUGCUGGAAGAACAGAGUGAAUCAAAGUUACCUGUGUCACUGGAGGACACGAUGCUGACACAGGGACAGCCUCAGAUGCACGGAGGCACGGAGCCUGCAAGGACGGAGCCGGGUUUGUCAGCUGAUCUGGGUGCAGCCGGGGAGUCGAUGGCGUCCUACGAACACAGAUCCACCAUGCAGGAUAUUUUCUCUGAGAUACAGAGCUUGGUGGAAAGAAGUAACAUAAUAAAUAGAACACCACACGUUGAUUUGAAUUGGUACCUGAAGUCCUCUCCUGGGGAACCUGAGAUCCGACUAGUACGAACUGUCCAGCGAGUCCUGGCAUGUCGAUAUCAACCAGCUCAGCUCGAUGUCACGUCCAUGGCCAAACAGCUGGAGGAAGCAGAGGAGCACAGGUCCUGUGUGCAGGAGCGAGUAGCUACGAUGAAAAACACGAGUGCCGCCAGGGAUUGGGACCCGAGUGCCUUGAAGAGAGCUGAAGGCCAGUGUAGCGCAGCGCUGCUGGAUGCCUCCGCCACAGUGCAGGUGAAGGCAGCGCAGCUGGAUCAGGUCAAACAGUAUCACAGACAGAUGAAGAUGAUGAGAGCUUUUCUGGAGGUUUUGGCUGAUGAGAAGGAGAAAAUGAGCUUAAAUGCUUUGGGAAGUAGCGCUGUUCAAGCUGACAAACUUCACGCCCUGCAGCAAACCAUGGAACAGAAGAAAGACCUAAUGGAGGAGCUGCUCCACCUGAGUAGCCAGUUGUCGGUUCACUUGAGCGACGCUGAAAGUUCAGGUAGUCUUCUUGCCCAGCUUGCAAAUGUCCAAGAGGAAUGGAGUCUUUUAAAAGGAAGCAUCAAGCGAGCGCUGCGACACGCCACGAACGCCACCUCUCAAUCCCGCCUUCUUAUAAAAGAGGCCGAACAGCUGAAAGCCCAACUGGAAGAUCUUCAGAAAUCCAACUUUCAGAGCAAUGACAGCAAAAGCGCUUUAGAAGUAGUUUGCCUGACCACAGACCUAAAGCUGUAUAACCAGCUUUAUCUGCACCUACAGUCCCAGUCAGACGCUCUUGUCCAUUUCUCCCUGGGCCAGAAGGAGAAGGAUGAGAUCCAAAUUAAUCUUCAGGAGUUGGGGUCCUUGCUUGAUGUCACCAAGAAAAAGCUCGACAAUUCCACGUGUUGCAUUUCUUCAGGCAAGAUCAACAAACAAUUACAGGACUUGAUCAUAUGGGCCAAACAGGCAGAAAACCACAUCUCUACUGGGAAAAAGUUAGCUCUCUUCCCUGAGGAGGCUCGUAUUCAAAUCGCUGACAUGAAGAAAUUUCAGACCGAUAUUUUGACCCGACGGUCCAAGAUGCAAGCUCAAGUUGAGGAGAUGAAAGAUGUAGCCUCUGAUAUGGAGAAGGAGGAAAGUGACCACGUAUUGAAGACAAUAGAGGACCUCUAUGAAGCCAUUAGUGACAGCUUGGAUCAUGUCCUUGACACCAUGAAGAAGCAUCUACACAACAGGGAGAAACUCUUAUCCCAGCUUGCUAGCAUGGAAGCCUGGCUGGCAGAAUCACACGCUGCGAGAGACGUCUGGAUCCAUGUGGAAAAUGUUUCCAAAGUUGACGUCCAGAUGCUGGAGAUCGAGCUGGCAACUCACAAAUUAGCCACUGUGGAGAUCCAGAGCCACAUUAAACUGGUGGAGGCGAUGGCGGAAAGUUGCGAGGACAUCGCAGCGGGAUUGAGUCCAGAAGAGAGCCGCUACCUUGUCAACAGACUGUCAGGCCUGUGGACAGAAUUAGACGGACUGCUAGCUCACGAGAAAGCAACCAGCUGGGAGCUAGAGGAGCUGAUUCAUGAGCGAACCUCCUCCGAUGAGGAAUUAUCGACCAUCCAGACGAGCUUAAAGCAGAUCUCCUCUGAUUUGGAGCAGCAGAGGUUCCCUUUGACGUUGGAAACCCUUUCAACCGAUGCACACUUGAUGCACAUGCUAAUGGAGAACCAGUGUCAAGUCCAAGAGCUUCAGCACUGCCAAGAGGCCAAGAGAAGUGCCCUGCUGUACACCAUUGGAGAACUGUUAGACAGGUGCAAAACCCUCAGUCUUAAUACCUUUGAGCAAGACAAAUAUCUGCACCUGAGGAGACAAAUGGAGGAAUCUAGGGACAUUGCCGAAGAGCAAAUCUUGCGUGCCAAAGACAAAUCGCUCAGUAUGGGUGAGCGGUUCAGACUAUACCAAAUACUCCUAGUUGAACUUCCUCUGGUGAAGACACAGUGUCAAGAAGCAGGGGACCACCUGGAGGCCAUAGCCCAGGAGUUGCACCCAGCUGAGCUCAAUUUGGAGAAGCAGAGGAUUCAUCACACUGUGGAAACUUUGGUCUCCUGGGAGCUUUCUGUCACAGAUGAUAUCAGACACCUAGAGGCCAAGCUUCUGCCAGGUCUGCGCUUUUCCUCUGAACUUCCUGCCUUGAUGGAGCUUUUCCAAAGGACAAGAGAGGAGUUGGAGGGAGCUGAGCCGGUCAGUCCAGAUGAGAAAGCAAUAGAUGGCGCACUACGAAGACACUGGGUCAUUUGGAGAAAUAUGAAGUCUGGGAUGAGAGUGUUAGAAGCUCUGGGACGGAGAGAAGAAAUUAACCUGAGGAACAACAAGGAGCUUCACUCGCUCAGAGAUGCAGCUAUGCAAGAAUGUCACGUUGGAAUGGAGAGUUUAUCCCAGGCUCGAGAGUCCUUAAAGGAUUACCAGUGGGCCGCCCAAGGAGCAAUAGCCUUUCUUCAUAAUGCCGAGGCCACGUUCUUGUCAGCUCCUGGUGGGUUUUUAGACUGUACCGAGGAGCAGAGACAAACCCGGCAGGCUCUGGAAGCUCUAGAAGAUGGAUUUCAGGCUCACAUCUGCCACCUUGUGGAGCUGCUCCCCCAGCAGCCCUGCCUCUCCCACCCAGAGGUGGAGCAGCUCCACAUCAGCCUCCUCAGCCAGUUGUUGGUGGGAAGAGCUGUACUGGAGGCCCAGGCACAGCUGAGGCUGGAGUCCCUGCAGAGGUGUGCAGUAAGACAACAAAGCCACGAGAGCUGUCAUGAAGACAUACGUCAGCAUCUCUCCGGGUUUGAAACCAGACUUUCAGCCUGUGCUACAGUACAAGUGACAUCAAAUGACAAAUGUGUUUCCCAACGGAAUAAAGCUACGCUUCUGUUGGAGGAUCUCCGCAGCCUCGCUGGGAAGAUAGAUGACCUGAGGGCUGGGUGUCCGAUGCAGGGUUGUGGGGUUGGUAAAAGCGGCGAGCUGGGAGCCCUGUGGCGGCGCUGGGUAUCACUACGGCGAGGUGUUGGCCUCCUGAUGGCGCAUGCGGAACAAAGACAAGAGGAAUGGAAGGACAUCACAACAAGUAUACAGCAGUGUUGCAGCUUUUUGGCGAGUCUUCAGGCUGAGGUGCCUGACUCCACUGUGAGCUUCACACAAGAGAAACCCCAGGAGCUUCUUGCCCUAGCUGAGCUACACCAGGCCGGUCUGGAGCAGGAACAGCAGGCCUUAGCCUCCCUGGAGCACCGACUGGAGCACGCCCUGAGCUUAUCCCACUCCCAGGAUCCCGUCAGUCCUGGACCUGUUGGCAAAACACUGGUGAAGAUCCAAGAGAACGUCAGGAGCUUGAAAGAGAGAAACCUGCUGGUUGUAGCUGCAGCCCAGGCAGAGGAGAAAGAGAGAGAGCACGUUCAGGACGAGAUCGAAGAGGUGGAGAAACACGUGUUCGCCAUUCUGCCCAAACUGGAAGGCUGCUCCAAUCCAAACCAACAACAGGAGCUCACAGAGGACUUGUCCACACAGAAGGACAAACUGAAGAGGAUCACGGACGGUUUGCAGAGCUGGUACACAGACAUUCCUUCUGACAUCAGCAAACGCUUACAAGACGUUGAACUGUCGCUGCAGAGAGCAGAGGAGGAGCUCAUGGAGGGAAGCAACCCGGUCAGGAAGUUAGCCGCCCGAGUGGCGGAGCUGGGUUCUGGCCUCGAGAAGGUGAAAGUGCUACUGGAGCAGAAAAGUCCGACAGUCAGCGAAGCUCAAAAUGUUCUCAAGCGUGUGUGGGACGAGCUGGACGCGUGGCACAGCCGCCUGAUGCUCGUGGAGAGCGAGGUGCAGGAUCUCGCGGAGGAGCAGCCGCAUCAAGCUCACCUCCUUAUAGACCACAUCACACAACCUCUGCAGCUCUACCAAAAUGCCUCUCAGAUGGCCGAGAACCGCACCUCCUUCCUCAGCAAGAUCCCUGCCUGUCUUCAGGAGUUCGAGGACAUUUCGUACAGCGCCACCUGCUGGUUAGACGAGGCCCAGUCAUGGCUCGGCGCCCCCUGCUCGUUCACCUCAGCCAGAAGCCUCCAGAAUCAUGCAAACUCCCUGAAGCUGGUGAUGGACGACUCUGACAGGAUCAGGGACACGCUGCAGGACUUCAGGCCGGCGCUGGCGGAGAUCUCUGCCGUGUGUGACGUCCGCACGCAGCAGGAGAGGCUGGACCAGAACGACCAGCGAGUCCACAAAAUGCAACGCAACCUCCGCAGGCCGCUGGAGCAACUCCGGCAGACUGCUGAGGUGGUGGAGGCGAUGGAAGCUGAGCUCAAGACCAUGGAGAAGAAUGUCCCGAAGAUCAGAACGAUUUUAUCCUCCAUGGACGACUCCGACAUAACGUUAACGGAGCAUCUUCACAACCGACAGGUGAUCCAGGCCAAUGUGCAGUCGAUCCGGAGGACACUGGAGGAGAUCCAGAGGUAUAAAGGAGAGCUUCUCCUUCCACAGGGAGCGGAGUUGAGUCUGCUGGUCUUCUCCAGAGCCCGACUCCUCCUGCAGCCGCUGGAGGAGCUGGAGCAACUCACCCAGUAUCAAACCUCGCUGCUGAAGAACAAGAUCCGGGAGGAGGAAGCCACCAGGAAAGAUCUCGGCAUCACCACACUCUCCAAAAUUCCUGAAGAGACACAGCAACUAGUCCAGGAGCCUUCUGACGUGUCUAACUCAGAGGAAGAGGAGGAUGAGGAUGACGAGAGCUGUCACUCUUCGUCCUCUGACACACUAACAUGCAGUGUUCCAGAGGACCCAGAGGACACACUCGUCCCCUCAGAUGUGAUAAGUGAGGAUAUUGCUGACACGCUGUCAAACGUUAAGGAACUGGGGAGUUUGGCUCCUCAGUUUUCUUCUCAAGUGGAGACGACCUCAGAAGCUGCUGAAUCUGAGCGUUUAUCUGUGACGUCUGGAUGUGAUACCAUCGACUUUGCAGCUGAAAAUCUUGAAACCGGAUUAACAACAAUGGAUUCUAAAGCUGAAUCGUCCCGUCCGGAGACUUUGAGAUCUGAGCCGCUGAUCACCGCGGCCCCCCCAGCAGCUGAAGACCAGUGCACUGCUGCUGAUACACUGGAACGACGUGAAUCCUCAGAACAUGAAACGUCUGCCACCGACCCUCGUGCAAAGUCCCCUCCGGCCGAAGAUACGAGAACGAUUCCUACGAGACCCGUAACUCCGUUCACGGCCACGAGAGAAUCGCCCAAGUUCACAGAGGAGGACGACGAAGAUCCGACUUUGUCCACAGAUGUAGACGCUCUUCGUCAUUUGAAGGAACAAAGUGAAGUUGGUGCCAGUCUGACCAGUUUGGAAGAAUCCCAACAAGCCCAGGACUCGUCUAAUGUGCCACUAAGCUCGUCAGGACAUGAAGAAGAUGAGAAGGAGCAGCAAAGAUGGAGUCGACUUUCCACUGAGAUCUCGGAAAAAGUGUCCGCUUUGAGAAAACUUCAGGAGGAACAUCGCACCUUGAAGCGCUCUGAAGACGAGACGGUUCCAGAGAAGAAGCUGAUAUCAACGGGAUCUGCUCCUGCUGUUCUCCAGAGGACACAAGAGUCCAUCGCCAGGCUGAGACAAAUAGUAUGUGCAGCACAGACACCGGUGAGGUCUGCAGGCGUCUCUCAGCCAGAUGUGAAGGAGCAGAUGUACGAGGCUCUAAGGAGGGUCCUCCUCUGUCUGGACGCUUGGACCGACCCUCUGUUGACUACAGGGGGCGCUGGUGAAGAGGAGCCCCAGCUGAGGAUGCUGCAGCAGGAGUGUGUAUCAUCCGAGCUGCUGACCGUGGCUGAGCUGCUGAGACAAAUGGAAUCAGAGACCAGUCCGGUGCUGUGGAAAGAGGAACCAGAGGCGUCCCACUGUGUGACCGGCCUUCAGGACUGUCUCAGUACAGUCCAGCUGUUCCUCACCUCAUCCCACGAUCAGCUCCCUGAACAUCUGGGCCUCAAAAACCAGCAUCAGCUGUGUAUUUUGGACGAGUUUGAACUUGGACAGAGUGAAACCUUCCCAAGUCUAAAGGAUGCAACUAGUUUGCAGCAGUGUGUCCUGGGCAGACAUCUGAGGCAGAGUCCAGGGGAAAGAGCCAAGCUUCAGCGAGCAUCCCGGGCCUUGCUUCAGGGGAUAACUCACCUCCUGGAACUGGGCGAAGGAUGCAUAAAAGAGAAGCAGAUGAGCCAGGUUCACAACCGCAGCCAACUUCAAGCUAUUCUCUGCAGACACAAGAAACUCCUGCAGGUCCUCGGGUCUCAGUUGGCGUUUGUUCAGCAUCUAUUCCGGUGUGAGCCAGAAGUGCUCGGGUGUCAGGAGGCUGAGGGGCUGCAGCUGGACGUCAGGGCCAAAGCUUUGCAGCAACAGGCUCUGAGACGGGAGGUAGCUUCUCUGAAGAGGCUGCAGGAGUGGAGCCUCUGGGAGGAUAGCUGUGGUCGACUGGGCCGGGUGCUGGAUGAGUCUGAAGCCUUCAUCAGCAGCGGGGAACCAGAGGGAGACGUCGAGGAGGAGGAGUCUGUCGUGCAGCACAGACUCGAAGCCUGCCAGCAAACACUGGGGCAGUUGGAGGAGAGCAGAGCGGCUUUAGGGAUCCUCCUGGAUCAGUGCGAGCUGCUGCAGACAGAGCUGGCGUCUGCUGCCUCGGUCGGCCUGACAGGAGGAGCUCUGGAGCUGCGCUGGAGGAGAGCGGUGCGGAGGACGGAGCAGGAGAUUCAACGCUGCAGAGACAUCCAGGUCGUCAGGUCCAGAUUCCACACAGACUUCACCUCGGUCAGUAAUUGGCUCGUCGGUGCCAAGAAACAGUUGAAGCCUUGGUCAGACCAGGCGGAGACGUCAGACCUGAAGCAGGAGUGUGUCCGCCGCGGCCUCAUCGAGCUGCUGGACGUCUCCAUGGAGGUGGAGGCUGCGUCGGUGCGGAGGACGUCUGUCUCCAGGGACGCCACUCGGCUGCUCCACCUGAGCGAAGCUGAACGUCCCGGGCUGAGAGCUCAGAUCGCUCAGCUGGAGGUGAACUGGAGCCAGCUCACCUCCGACCUGUGCAGGACACAAGAGCAGCUGCAGCAGCGGCUGCUGGCUGCAUGGCCGCCUGUGGAGCUGCUCUCCGACCUGGAGUCGUGGCUGAAGACGCAGGCGGCGCCGAACCAGGAGAAUGAAAAAGAUCUGAAGGUCAAAGAUGCUCCUCAGAUCUCUGAAGUCCUGCAGCACCGUCGGGAGUUGAAGGCGGGUGUCGUCGCUGGGCAGCUCAUCCUGGAUUUCCUGAGCCAGUCCCGGCCUCAGGCAGUGGGAGCGUACGUCCAGUCUCUCCAGUCUGACCGCACGAUGUUUGCAGAGAAACUUGGUGACCUCAGACUCCAGUGGCUGCACGUCCAGGGAGAGCUGCAGAGCCAGAUUCAUGGAGCCGAACAGAUGCAUCACACCUGUGCGGUCAGAGAGAGACAGCUGCAGCAUCUUCACCGAUGGAUCCUGCAAAAGAAAAAGCAGCUGGAUCAGUGGGAGCAGCCGACAAGUCAAACUCUGGCUCGUAAGGCUCUGCGCGAGUGGGAGGCUGUCGCCGGCAGAGUGAAGGAGAAGGCUGCAGCUCUGCAGGAGUUGAAAACCAAACGAGUGGAUGCUGAAGAAGAAGAGAAGCAUCCUUGUGAUGUCGUUUUCUCGAAGCAGGCGGAGAGCGUUAGUCGAGCCUGUGAGGAUCUAAGUCAACAGAUGGAGGCUCUGAAACCAGCUCUUCAACGCACCCUGGAUCAGUGGAGUAGUUUCCACAGAGAUCUGAAGGAGGCCACUCUUCAGGCCGGCGAGGUGCGUUGUGCUCUGCAGCAUCAGCGAGCUCCUCUGUUCUCGCUCAAGCAGGCGGACGAACACAUGGACGUCUUGCAGGGACUCCAAGGGAAGGUAGCAAAAGGAGAAGAGCUCUGGGCAGCCGUGGAAAUAUCAUUCCAGGGUCUCGUGAAGAAUCUUCAUUGUGGAGCGGCACAAGCGUUAGGAGACCAAGUGGAAGGAGAGAAGAAACGGUGGGAGAGCAUAAUCCAGGAGCUCAAGGACGAGCGCGUGAAGACUGGAGAGACGGUUUCCUCGUGGCAGGAGUACCGGCGUCUCUCCGGUGACUCCUCCCUUCACAUGCAACACCUGAGGCGUCAGUGGGAGGAGCUGUUGACGUCCUCGCCGUCACCUGAACGCGACACGGUUCAGUCAGUGGAGAAGAUGGAGGAUGUUUCUCAGAACUUGCAAAGAAGCGCCAACAAAGUGCUGGACGCCUCUAAGCCUCUUAUUGGACGGCUAGAUCCACUGGCUGCAAGUUUGAUCCAAUCCGAGACCCGGCUCCUGUCAUGUGACGUCCUGCUGCUGAGCCACACAACGUCGGGGAAAAAGAAAAGUCUUCAGGGGGAUUUGAAGGAACAGAAACAAUUUCAUACUUGUUUGAAGACUCUUGAAAAACAGAGUCAGAGCAUAAAAGAUAAAGUCAAUGCUGGUUUAAAGGACAAAGACUCAGUGGAGCAGCUUCUCUCGGAGCUCGGUGAUCUGUUUCCAUCGCUGGUGGACGUCAGGGAGAUGAGUCACCGCUCGACCCUCGACAACCAGGACACAGCCCGACUGCACGUGCUCAGCAGGGAGUGGAUCCAAAGCACGACUCGCACAUCUCACAUGAACAGAGAGCUGCAGGCGGAGCGUCAGAGUUCACAGACAUUUCAGGAGAAGUGCGACAACCUGACACAUUUGAAGGAGAAACUCGUUGAGGAGUCGAUGUCCAGAAAACUUGAAAGUCUCUCCGGCCUCCAGGAGAUGCUCACUGUUCAUCAGAGGCUUCAGGCUGAAAUAAUCAGUGGAAACCAGCUCCUGCAGGUUCUCCUCCGCCAAGCAGUCCAGGCCAUGGAGAAGGAAACAGGAGGGAGAAGAUCUGAGCUCAUGGCACAGGUGACCGGUUUGAAGGAGAGCUGGUUCGGUGCCGUCGCUCUGGUUGGACAACGCAGGUGUUUGGUGAGAGAGCAGCUCGGACUUCGGAGCGUCUACCGCCUCGGACUGAAACUCCUGUCCAAGCUGGUGGUGGACGUGGACCCUCUGCUGCCCCCCACUGGCGCUGCUCUCUCUACACUGCAGCAACUACGGAGCUGUGACGAUUGCCAGUGUGUCGAGGAGGCUUUGGGUCUGCACUCUGCCGUGUACAACCAGACGCUGGAGGCCGGCAGGCGUUUGUGUGAAAAUCUGACAGAGUCCGAGGGCCGGAGUCAACUUGAGUCAGAGCUCCGGGACGUUGAAGAGACGUGGAAACGAACCAACUCGCUGCAGGAGAGGAAACGACACCUGGUCAACACGACUGCUCAGAAGUGGUCUCAGUGUCAGGACGGAAUCAGCAGCGUCAUGUCGGAGCUGGAUGAGGUGAAGACCAGGAUGAAGCAGCAGCUGCCUGACGACUCUGAGAGAGAGAAGCUCAUUCAGGAGACAGAGCUCUCUCUGCAGCGUUUGACCAGUGGAUUGAGAGAACUGGGAACCAUGAAGACAGACCUGUCCCAGUACAUCACGGCCGGUGACUCCACUCUGCUGGAGCAGCAGCUGGAACAACUCCACGGUCAAUGGGAAGAGCUUUGUAUGAAGGUUUCGUUGCACAAGCAAGAAAUCGCAGACCGCCUGAACGCUUGGACCAUCUUCAACGACAAGAGCAAAGACUUCUGCGACUGGCUGACUCAGAUGGAGAACAAGCUUGUUUGCCACAACAGCGACCUGAGCAUCGAGGAGAUGGUGGAGAAGCUGAAGAAGGACUGCAUGGAGGAGAUCAACCUGUUCAGUGAGAAUAAGAGCCACCUGAAGCAGCUGGGGGAGCAGCUGCUGUUGGCCAGUGACGAGGCCAAGCAGACCCAGGUCCACGGCUCCCUGCACGAGGUCAACCAGCGCUGGCACAACCUCUUCCACCACAUCGAAGCCAGGGUGAAGAAGCUGAGGGAGACGCUGGUGACGGUGCAGCAGCUGGACAAGAACAUGAGCAACCUGCGCUCCUGGUUGACGAGAAUCGAGGCCGAACUCUCCCGACCAAUCACCUACAGCGUCUGUCAGCAUCAGGAGAUCCAGAGGAGGCUGGCCGAGCAGCAGGAGCUGCAGAGGGACAUCGAGCAGCACACGGAGGGCGUAGCGUCGGUGCUCAGCCUGUGCGAUGUUCUGCUGCUGGACGAAGAUGCCGCUGGCGCCACCGAGGCGGAGAGCGACUCCCUGCAGGAGACCAGCCGCAGCCUGGACCAGCGCUGGAGGACCAUCUGUGCCAUGGCCCUGGACAGGAGGCUCAGGAUCGAGGAGACCUGGAGGCUUUGGUGCAAGUUCCUCGACGACUACUCUCGCUUUGAGGAUUGGCUGAAGAUGGCCGAGCGCACGGCCGCCAGCCCCAACUCUGCAGGCGUCCUUUACACCGUCGCCAAAGAGGAGCUCAAGAAGUUCGAGGGUUUCCAGAGGCAGGUUCACGAGCGACUCACUCAACUGGAAAUCGUCAACAACCAGUACCGGCGUCUGGCCCGGGAGAACCGCACCGACCGGGCCAGCCAGCUCAAGGUCAUGGUGCACGAGGGCAACCGGCGCUGGGACACGCUGUACCGCCGAGUGGCUGCCGUCCUCCGCAGGCUCAAGCACUUCACCAGCCAGAGGGAGGACUUCGAGGGCACCAGGGAGAGCAUGCUGGUGUGGCUGACCGAGCUCGACCUGCAGCUCACCAACGUGGAGCACUUUUCAGAGAGCGACGUCCAUCACAAGAUACAGCAGCUCAAUAGUUUCCAGAAGGAGAUCACGCUGAACACUGAGCGCAUCGACGGGCUGAUCGUGUUUGGAGAGGGUCUGAUCCAGAAGAGCUCGCCACAGGAUGCGGCGCUGAUAGAGGACGAGCUGGAGGAGCUGCACGCCUACUGCCAGGAGGUUUUCAGCAGACUGGUCCGCUUCCACCAGCGCCUCAGCCAGCCCCCGAUAAUCAAAGAAGAACCUGAACUCUCUGGCAGCACCUUCUACUUGGAGUCCAGCUUGGAGCUGAUUGGUCGGCCGUGGCUCGGACGCAGCCUCGGAAGCCUCCCGGCCACGCCCACCCACCUCCUGGCCUCCGCGCUGGAGCGUUCGGGGCGCGAGACGCCGGUGAGCGUGGACUCCCUCCCUCUGGAGUGGGACCACACCGGGGACGUGGGAGGUUCGUCGUCGCAGGAGGAUGAUGAUGAUGAGGAGGAAGAGGAGGAACAUAAAGAGGAGGGAGUUUACUUCAGCGCUCUGUCAGUUCCCAGCAGGUCUAUGGUCGUACACCAGUCUCCAGUAUGGGGAGCACGAGCAGACACAGAAACACAGACUCUCCAGCUGCACCCGGACACUGAGGCUGCACCCCCCCUCACCAGCACGCCUGUAAAGCGGGGCUUUCUCGGCCUCAUGUCUCAGUGCAGCGGCAGCAUCGAGGACAUCAAGAGAGUCUCGCUGCUCCUGGAUGACGAGGAGCAGCCGGAGGAGCUCGGCCUGACAGGACUGACCGCCUCCGACAAACAGUCAGGUGUGAUUGAACGCUGGGAGCUGCUCCAGGCUCGGUCCAGAAGCGAUCGGCAGGCCGGCUCUCAGGAGCCUCAACAGCUCACGUCUGACCUCGACGACCUCACUUCCUGGUUAGACAACACCAUCCCGGAGCUGGACCGCCUCCAGCUCUCCAAGUCGACGGCGAGCAUUGCCGACAUGGAAGCCAGAGCCAGAGAACUGAAGGAGAUGCAGCGGAUGUUCGCUCACUACAAGUCCAUCAUGCUCUCUGUCAACCUGCGAGCUCAGGAAGCUCCAGAGCUUCAGCCAAGGCUGGUGGACAUGAACAGAGACUGGAGCAGAGUGAGCACAGCUCUGCAGCAGUGGGACAGCGGACUGAAGGAGACUCUGAUGCGCUGCCAGGAGUUCCAUGAAACCCUCCACUCUCUGUUGCUGUGGCUGGCCCACGCUGAGAGCAGACGCUACACGGUGGACAUCAGUCACCCAGACACAUCCGUCCGAGCGCUGCAACAACACCGCCACACGCUCACUGAUCUGCAGGAGGAGCUGCGGGGCCGACGGAGCCAGCAGGCCUCGCUCCAGGCUCUGUGGUCUCAGCUCCAGCCCGAGGACGGCGGCGAGGAGAGCGACGAGGCCCAGGAGAAGCUGCACGUCACGGGCAGCAAGCUGAAGCUGCUCCUGAGGGACGUGGACCAGGAUCUGAGCGUCUUACAGCAGCGACUGAACAGUGAAUCUGCGUCAGACAGUCAAGGCCAAAGUGUCUCAGCAGAGGAGGCGGCCCAUUCAGAGAAAGACUCCUCCCCUCAGAGAGAAAGGAGGGAGUCGUCGUCGUCGCCUCCUCGCUCCUUCUUCUACCGGGUCCUCCGCGCCGCCUUUCCCCUCCACGUGCUCCUGCUGCUGCUCCUGCUGCUCCCCUGUCUGAUCCCGCUCACCGAGGGCGACUCCAGCUGCAGCGUCACCAACAACUUCGCCCGCUCCUUCUACCCCAUGUUGCAUUACACCAACGGGCCCCCGCCCACCUGAUACCGGUGUGACUGGAGGGAAACCACAGAGACACUGAGCCACGUGACCAAAGUGUCUAAAUUAAUAUAAAGUCAAACCUAUUAUCCCCAAAUUCUAUUUUAAGGUUUUUUGAAAUAAUUGAACUUAGUUUGUUUUAUUUAUUUCAGGAACAAAACCCAUUUAAAAACCCAACAUGUGGACAUAGAUUAUAUUUUAAGUUACAAGAUGCAAAGAUCUGGAAACCAUCCAGCAAACCAGGAUGUUAAAAUCUAAACAUUGCAUCUGAUUCUCACUGAACAAACCAUUGUUUUGCUUUUCAAUUAUUCUAAAAACGUACAUAUAAGAAGUUAAUAUUCAUAUAUCACGGCUAUCAUGCUCUGAACUGUUCCUUGUUUUUUUCAACUUUCAUUUUGUCUCCAAACAAAUAAUGUAUUUUUUAAGACUUUAAAGUUUCUGGUUGAGUUUGAUUAUUAAAUUACAGCAGUUUUAUACAUAUAUAUAUAUUUUUAGAUGCUAUUUGUGUUGUAGAUUGUGAGCAGAUAUUUCCAAGCCACUGUAGAUUGAGCAGGACGAUGUUUAUGUACAUAAUGUAAUAAUAUAAUUCAUAUUUAUAACAUCAAAAGGUGGAUUUAUGCUCCUGAGUUUCUGGUAAUAAACAGUUUGUAAAUCUCUAUUCA